AGCGCUGUGUGCGGACCAGCGUCAGUGUCACAUACUCCUCUUUUAUGCGGGACUCGAAGAACUGCUGAUGCCCGCACGGUUUAGCUCUGGCCUCUGGCGUGUGACAUGUGCCGCUCAGUGAGGAAGUUUUGCUCUGCCGACUGUUGAAUGGUUCGAGUCAUAGACUUGGCAUCUGGUUACGCUCUGCAGGUCCCGCCCCUCCGCUCAGGCUUGUGUAACUCACUCCAGGGGUGGCUGCGCCUGUUAGGAAAACUGCUAAUGACUUUUUAAAGAUCGUAUGCAACGUCCGCAGUGAUUCCUUUUUAGUGUUUGUUCUCCGGUGGAUUAAUUGCGAAACGUAGCAACAGCUUGCAGUCUCUUUCCAACGUCUUUGCUCCAGAUUUCCCAAUGGCCAACAUAAAUCUACGUCGGAUUUGCCUCCUGGUCUCCACCUUAGUGGUCUACAUCAUCACUUUGAUUAUGAAUGCUCUUGCAGGGAAAGGACCAAAAUCAGGUAUUUUCCUUCAGACUGUUGGAAAUAUAUCAAACAAGCUCAGCACUGAAUUCACCCCUGCAGGAUGGACCUUUUCUAUUUGGGGAGUCAUUUAUACAUGGCAAGCGGUGUGGCUUAUUUAUGUCUGCAGCGGAUUAUGUCGAAGUAAUACCUUUACAUGGAUGCCUUCUGUACUGCCUUGUUUAUUUUAUAUGACUUGGAUUAUAAACAACCUUUUGAACAUAGGCUGGCUUUUUCUUUGGGACAGAGAGCACACUAUACCUGCCCUCAUUUUCCUGGCAUUAGUCGCAUUCACAAAUUAUGUGGUUCUUUUCUUCUCUUAUCAUGGCCUAUAUACACAGGGUCCGUGGCUGCAAAAGUACAGAAAGGUUGAUUUGUGGCUUGUCAGAAUACUGGUACAGAAUGGAAUAGCUGUUUACGCAACAUGGACCACCAUAGCAACACUACUUAACUUUGCAGUUGUAUUAACUUAUAAUGCAAGCGUUACCAUGGUGACAUCUGGUACAAUUUGCCUUUCUCUCCUGGCCUUCGAAGUAGUCUUAUGGUUCUAUUUGGAAAAUUUUGUGUUUGAUAAAUAUGUGCGCUACACACUUACAAUCUACCCAGUUGUCAUUGUGGCAUUAUCAGGAUCUUUGGACAAACAUUAUGAAGCCAUCUCACCAACCAGGAACAACAUUUAUAUUGCUGUGCUGCUGGCCACUGCCUGCAUUGCCUUUGCAGCACGUAUUGCCAUAGUUACUUGGAGACAUUUCAAACACCCUCUCCAUCAGAGCACAGAGGAAUGACUGGAAAAGUGAUGCAAGAAAAAGAUAAAAGUUCAUCUAUUUAGAACAAUAGUUUUCUUCAAGCAAUUCUUAUAGGACAAUGGGAAUAGAUAUAGAAUCAUUGAAUUCAAGAAUCCUGAAGUGUGUCACUUAAUCUGCUUGUCUUUCAAUGCUGUGCUGAUGUAUAUUCAAACUCUUGACAAACUCCUCACUUUAUUAAUUGAAACUUGUCUCCAUUUCAUUCAGCAAAAGAAAUGGUUUCAGCAAUAAUUGAAGGAAAUUCAUUUUGGCAAUUGGAUCAAUUAAAGCUUGAGAACAUUUAUGCAUUAGGGCCUAAAUUUUGCUGCAGGUGAUUGAUAAUGGAUUGCUGCAAGCAGCAAAUGUGCUUAUUAACCCUGGUGAACAGUCAGCCUUGGUGGUUUGUUUUUGCAGCAGUGACCAGAAGGCAUUUUUUUGUGAUUGCUUACCAGUAGAAACACAAGAGCAAAGCGGUUGAUCUUUGUUUUACCCAAGAGCCUGGCUUCAUUAUUAUGUUACAACUGUCCUUGUCACUUCUAGAUUCAUUUGGGCAAAAAUUUGGAACAAUAAAAAAAGGAAUCCUGGAAAUCUGAAUAUAAAGUAAAACAUGCAGUAUGUUUACAGAACUGAUAAAGUCAUAGUUUGAAAUUAAUAUUGAUGGAAUCAAAUUUGGACCCCAGCAUGCUGCAUGAUUUUCCUGCAGGUUUCUUCCUUUCAUAAUCCUCUGUUUCAUUUCCAUUGCAAAGUCAGACUAACUACUUGUAAAUGCCUGAUUGCACUGGUCUACAGCCUGAGGCAGUUUACUCUAUCCGGAAUGUUGAAUUGAACUUAAAGAAUAUGAAUUUUUUUAUAGGGAAUAUGAAAGGAAUAUUUUAACUCUCAACUUAUACAUUUUGUUAAAGAUCCUUGGACAUUAAAACAUUGAUUUGAGAGGGGGUUACUGCUGGUUAACCACUCUGGUGUAUUAUCCUCCUCACUUUCUCAUGACUGGGAUUUCUCCAAAAUAGAUUUCAGAUUUAAUUAAACCUUAAUUCAAAUUUAUGUCCUUGAGUCUACAUUCAUAAACCUUGUUGAGGGAAAGAAAUGUACCAAAGUCAUCUUAUGACAGCAUGUACUCCUCAGAGAAGAUCCAAACACACACACCAUUGGUGAAGACAGUCCCACUUGGUAUUCUUCCAUUGGUCCAUUUCUUCACUCAAAAUGUGCGACUCCUUUCAGAGGUGACUACUUUCAUUGGUGAAGUAAUAGUGUGGGAAGGGCAACAGAUAGGAACCGUUUUAAAAUACUCCAAGUCACUUAUCAGACCAGAGUAACCAAUGAUUCCUCUUCAGUAAAUACUGAUCACACUGAGUAAUGAACAAAUAUUGGUAGAUUACGUGCAGAAAACCCCCAGUCAUAUUUUAACAUUUAAAGGAAAUUCCUGUCUCCAGUCACUGCAGACCUGUGCAUCAGAUGUAAAAUGAGCACAGUAUUUUCCUGUGUCUCCAGCCUUCUACCACUAAAGAUCUGGUGCCUACAAGACAUAAAAUGCAUAUGCCUCUGUGGUUCUCCCUUUUCAGCAUUUGUCUCCUUCAUUGGAUAGAUGGAGGACAGCAUCAUUUGUAUCUUUAGAUGAUUUAAAACUUUCAACACCAUCAUCCCCUCAGUCCUAAUCAACAAGCUUCAAAACUUGGGCCUCUGUAUCUCCCUCUGCAACUGGAUCCUCUGCUUCCUUAUUGGGAAACCACAGUCAGUUCUGAUCAGUAGUGACAUCUCCUCCUUGCUGACAAUCAACACAGGUGCACCUCAAGGAUGCGUGCUUAGCUCACUGCUCUACUCUCUCUACACUCAUGACUGUGUGGCUAGGCCAUCUAUAAAUUCACUGAUGACACCAUUGUUGUUGGCAGAAUCUCAGAUGGCGACGAGGAGGCAUACAAGAGUGAGAUCGGCUGGUUGAGUGGUGUCACAACAACACACUCAAUGUCAGCAAGACCAAGGAAUUGAUUGUGGACUUCAGGAAGGGGAAGUUGGGAGAACACACACUAGUCCUUGUUGAGGGGUCAAUGGUGGAAAGGGUGAGCAGCUUCAAAUUCCUGGGCGUCAACAUCUCAGAGGAUCUAUCCUGGACCCAAGACAUUGAUGCAAUCACGAAGAAGACACACCAGCGGCUCUACUUCAUUAGGAGGUUGAGGAGAUUUGGUACGUCACCAAAGACUCUUGCAAAUUUCUACAGAUGUAUAGUGGAGAGCAUUCUGACUGGUUGCAUUACCACCUGGCACGGAGGCUCUAAUGUGUAGGAUCGAAAGAAGCUACAGAGGGUUAUAGACUCAGCCAGCUCCUUCACAAGAACAACCCUCCCCGCCAUCUAGGACAUCUUCGUGCCUGAAGGCAGCAUCCAUCACUAAGGAUGCUCACCAUCUGGGACACGGUCUCUUCACAUUACUAGCAUCAGGGAGGUGGUACAGGAGCCUGAAGACCCACACCCAAUGUCUUAGGAACAGCUUCUUCCCCUCCACCAUCAGAUUUCUCAACAGUCCAUGAACGCUACCUCAUUAUUUGUCUUUUACACUAUUUUUUGGUAACUUAUAGUAACUUUUACAUCUUGCACUCCACACAAAUUUCACGACGUGUCAGUAAUAAUAAACCAGAUUCUGGACUGAAUGCAGUUUCCUUUUUUAAAAAAAAAUCCUGUUAGGGCUGACUUUGAAUUGGACCAAACACUUUGUGAACUACCUUGCAACAUGCUGCAAAUACCAAUGCUGUGAUAGGUUCAAAGUCUUUAGUGGUUCAGA